GCCGCGCCUGCGCAGUGCGGGCCUCGCCGUGACUAAGAUGGAGGUGUGGGGAGGCCGGGUGCCGCCGCCGCCGUUCUGGGCCGAGGGCCCAGCUCCGGGGGAGACGUACAUCCCCCGUGGGAUCGGGCCCAGCCCCGCUGCCGGGACUCUGCCCCGCGACCGCACGCUGAGCCCGAUGGUGACCGGCACCUCAGUGCUGGGAGUGAAGUUCGACGGGGGAGUGAUCAUUGCUGCCGACAUGAUGGGUUCCUAUGGCUUUCUUGCCCGCUUCCGCAACAUCUCCCGGCUCCUGAAGGUGAACACCACUACCAUGCUGGGAGCAUCCGGCGACUACGCUGACUUCCAGUACCUCAAGCAAAUCAUCGACCAGAUGGUAAUCGACGAGGAGCUGCUGGGAGACGGUCACAGCUACAGCCCGAAAGCCAUCCAUUCUUGGCUGACCAGAGUCAUGUACAACCGGAGGUGCAAGAUAAAUCCGCUCUGGAACACUGUUGUCAUCGGAGGCUGCUACAAUGGCGAGAGCUUCCUGGGUUACGUGGACAUGCUUGGCGUCGCCUAUGAAGCCCCGACAGUGGCUACGGGAUACGGAGCUUACCUGGCGCAGCCACUGAUGAGGGAGGUCCUGGAGAAGAAGCCCAACCUGACACAGGAGGAGGCCCGUGACCUGAUCGAGCGGUGCAUGAAGAUUUUGUAUUACAGAGACGCUCGAUCCUUCAACAGGUAUGAAAUCGCCAUCGCCACAGAGAAGGGCGUAGAGGUGGAGGGGCCGCUGACGCUGGAAGCCAACUGGGAGAUAGCACACGUGGUCAGUGGCUUUGCGUGACCCUGAGGAGCUGCUGCUGGCAGUCAGGCCCGUGUUUACCCCACUGUAAUUCUGUUGCUCCUUUUGGAGCUCCCAUCCGACUUGUUUUGGAAAAAAAAUAAACCCGUUACGCCAAGGCUGGUUCAUGCUGUGUCUGGGAGGGAGGUUGUGGGAUGUUCUGGAAGUACCGGCUUUGGGAAGGCUCUUUGUUCCAGGUGCUGAAGGGCACUAUGGCUCCCAGGCCUGAUUUUUGCUGGAGCAGGGCAGGAACAGCUGUGUCGUUACCCAGGCUGGGGCCACGUACAGCGUCCUCCUCCCUCGCCUCGCUCUGAUCAGGAUCGUGCGUCUACAGAGCCACGGGGUCGUGUUGCUCCCUGCCACCUCCGACUGGCACGGGCAAUCCCUGCUCUGCCAGGGGGACCCCAGGGCAGCACUGGCUCCCUUUGGGAAGGGUUUGUGUUGUGGCACAGGGCAGCCUGGAUACGGCAGAAGGAACGUUUGCUGAGGCAGAUGCGGGAUUGGUUGGGUCCCAUUUACUCGCUCUGCAGUUAAAACACACGUGAGCCACUUCAGAAAGGAAAUUCCACUGCGUUGUAGCAUCAGGAGCUCACGGAUCCCGGGGGUUCAGCAGCAUGGAUUGCGUCUGCUGUAAUACAGGCAACCCCGAGUGCUGCCUCCAAAGCCUCCGUUGGCCUUUCUGGAACCCCAGCGUGAUCCUGGGCAGUUCUUGACCUUGGAGGAAGCAAAUCCAUAUUUAUGCUAUGAAGAGAAACAGUAAACACAGCGACCGCAGAAGGGAAGACCAUUCCCAAGGGGAGCAGCUGCUCCGCUGACCCUAAGAGGGCGUGGGGGGCUGUGGAAAAAAUGGGAUAGAACAGCUGCACGUGUCUGUGAUGUAGAGACACGCUGGGGCUCCCUGGUGCGGCCAGGACCAUGCGUGGCCCCCGUGCCACACGUUCCACGGAGCAGGACGGUGGCCCAAGAGCACAGCAGCUCCAACAAUAAACACACGUGUUUAUAAAUCCAUUUCCCUGGCUUUAUUAAAUGUUCCACGUAUGUACACUUCAGAGAUGAACCAUUUACAGGGCUGCACAUGCUGCCUCCUGCGGUCCUGGCUGGCAGGGAAGGUUCACGCAACCUCUACGGACACAGAAAGGUGCAGGUGCCCCCUGGCCUCAGCACCGCAACUCUGCUCGUCCCGCGCUACAGACAAUUAGAAAACCCGCAAACAUGCAAACUGUAGAAAAAUCGGAAGCUGGCAGUGAAAAAUAAAAAAAGAAACAUCAUCUUUCUGUGCACGUCAGUUUGUUUCGCUCACUUUUUGAUUCCCAAUCCCAAGGAACGCGGCGGCGUCAGGGGAUGCGGGUUUAACGGCUGCAAGGCCAGCGUUCCGUGUUCUACCCACGGCGCAGGGCGAUUGCGGCCACCCUGACGCCCCCUCUGCCAGCGACUCUUUGGAGCAGGAUGGGUGCUGGACGCAUUCCUGGCCAGAGGAGAGGAACUGCAGCACCGGGGAAACCCGACAGGGAAACUAUUCCUCCCUGCGUCCAAACGAUUACUCUUCAUUUUUAAAGGAACGAACUGAAAAAGCAAACCAACCGCCAUCUCCAGGCCGAUUGCAGGAGGGCACACGUUAAAGCAAGAAGUCGGGUUUAAAUUCCCCCCCCUGGAAACUGAAAUCUCUGGGCCAAGUGUUAAAAAACGAAAGCAAAUCCGUGUUAAGACAACCCAGCAGGUUUAUGUACGGGUUCGUUAGCUACAUAACUCGUCUUUUUCUUUAGAAAUGGUCACAUCGACGAUGUAGAAUCCAAAACAUUUCUGCACAAUAAAAA